CGCAGCCAUGUUGAAUUUUGUGUGUGAACAGGGCGGACCCCUUAUGCUGCUCAAAAUCCUUCCUGCGGGAAAACAACACGAUCUCGCGGCAAAUUUGGAACAUCAUGACUUCAGUAAUGUCUUUAAGGAAAGCGUAAACUCGGGUCAGUUUUCCGUAAGGAGUUAUUUGUCAUGAAUAAUUUGACAGACUGAGCAGCUACUGUAGACUUGAACUAAGGAGAACUAGGCCCUAUGGCAAGUGCACAGAAGAAAACGAACGUUAAUACGAUUCUGAUACAAGGACCUGGCUUGGAAGGCGGGGUUAUUACCGCCGCUACGACAACUCAUCUUCAAGGUGAAAUUCCACAGCAGAAUCUGCAGUCACCACUCAAGACGACCGGCAGUGUACCGGUAAAUAUCAGCAUUGUACCGGUGAUAGCGGCGGAUCCGAUCCCCGGGGUGCAACCAGCAGCAGUUUCACCUGCUCGUCCACCAUGUCAACCGGUCGCAACGGCGGGUGGGACGGGCAGUGGGGCAGGGAGCGUGUCCACCACGCCCCCGUUAGCCCCGCUGGCCUUGAAGCAGAUCACCCUUCUGAAGACGCAGCAGCCCAGCCCCGAGCAGAUGAAGUCCUUCGACAGCUUCAGGGAGCACAUGGACGUCUUUCUGGUCGAAGUCUACCGCUGCAAACUCUGCAAGUUUCACAGCGCUUUGAAGGCUGUUAUGGCUCAACACAUGACCGAGAAACAUUUCCCAGUGACAGGGGCUGGCAAGGGGAUGACACCAGAUCAGCCUCAGGCAGGGUAUGAUGGAAUCUCGGAAACUGGGGAUAAACAAGUGACUUUACCACCGGCAGUUGUGACCAUGACAAUGUCAUCAAGUGAAAUGCAAAAUCCACCUUUCGCUUCCCAAACAUUCACAGCCGGAAACACUGUACCCAGCAUCAUAGCUACUGUCACGGCAGAGAGGUUAAGCCUUUCAUCAAAUGCUGCAAGUGAAGUUACGCCAGUACCAAGUGGAACAGACAACAGUGUACCGAUACAGGUGGAGGUUACCAGUGAAAUGAAGAGGACAUCAGCUGAGGGAAAUGCUCUUGAACUUUUGAUGGGAAUUGGACACGAGAAUGAACAGGAUACAGCCAAGUGUCAGCAGACAGCGGCAGGGAGUGAGACCACAGAAAGGCAUGUUACUAAUUCAGCAUCAUUGACGGAGGUUGCAAAUGGCCGAUCGGGUUCAUUGAUCCAGGACGCAGGUGUGACAGCAGCCAUGGAAAUUGACGCAUCUGAAAGAGGAGGGCUUGUGACUGUCAACGAGGAAGAACUGGCCCAAACCUUGCAAAUCGACAAGAAGACCGACAGCGACGAUGAGAGUGAGAAUGAUGAUGAUGGUGGGGUGGAAGAUGAGGACAGCGAUGAGGGCAGCAAACAGGAUAACCAGGAGGACUCAAGCGAGGAGGCUGCCCUCUUGAAGCCAGUUCCGAUCCAGAUAGGUCUUGGGCCGGGUGCCGGAGACAUCGACAUCCAAGAGAUCGCCAACACGGCCUCCAAGUCCAACCCAAAGGCCACCACCAUCACUGUCCUGCACCAUGGCCGGGGCAACGGCCCGCCCACAGCCAUCCAGUUCAAGAAGAGCAGGAAGAGCAAAGCGGUCAUCCCCACGGGCGAGUCGCUGGGCAUCGCCUCCCCCUUCACCGGCCGCUCCUACAAGGGCCAUAAGCUCUUCGUCUGCACCACCUGUCAUGCUCGCUACAAGACGCUGACCGAGCUGGAGCGGCACGUCAAGAAGAAGCACCAGCGGGCCCGCAAGUUCCUCUGCGAGAUCUGCGGCGAGGCGCUGGCGACGCGGGCCAGCGUCAAGUACCACGUCUCCAAGAAGCACGAGCAGGUCCGGCCUGUCUUCCACUGCAGCCACUGCGACUACAGCACUCCCUUCAAGGCGCGCAUGGCCAUCCACCAGGCCACCCACCAGUCGGAAUUCUUCUGCAGCCUCUGCAAGAAGUCCUACGUUAGCGCCGAGCGUCUGAAUCGGCACUACUCGUCCCCACUGCAUAAGAACGCCCUCAACCCUCUCGUGUGCGAGCACUGCGGCUACAGCACCAAGAAACGUGACAACUUCCUGGUGCAUAUGAGGAAGCAUACAGGAGAAAAGCCUUACAAAUGCAAACUUUGCUCCUACGCUAGUGCCGACGGAAGUACAUUAAAGAAACACGUCAUGGCCAAGCACUCCACCAUCCGCCCCUUCAAGUGCCAGGUCUGCAGCUUCUCCUGUGUGGACAAGAAGGGACUGGACAUCCACUCCCGUAAGCACACCGGCGAGCGGCCGUUCAAAUGCCCGUUCUGCCUGUACGCGGCCAAGCGGCGCUGCGCCCUCAACAUACACCUGCAGACGCACAGCAAGGAAGAGACCGCCGACAAACAGCCCAAGGCCCAGGUUACGAGAUAUGAAACGGUCAGCACGCUGGCCCAAGACAGCCCUCAGCAGACCCUACAGCCAGAACAGCAGUACACCACCAUGACGGACUACCAGCCGGCAACCCUGGUCACAUCGGUGGUGCCAGUUGUCACCCAGACUGCCGGGGAGCAGUCGCUUGUUUCUGGCUGUGAGGACAAGCCCGUCGAAACAGUGUGGCAAAGCAUGUGAUGUGAACAAUCCAGCGUCGAUGCCCCCUCUUGAGCUUUGUUCUGGACAGUAGUACUUCAACUGGCCUGAGUUGCCGCGUAGCACUUGACCUGCUUCCACAAUGCUUUGGUGGAAAGAGCAUAAAUAUACUUAAUUCAGAUCCACUUGAAAUGUCGAUGAUAUCUGAUUCAUAUUUAGGCAUAUUAAUGUUAGGUUCUGUUGAACAGUCUUUGGGAUCACUUGAUCUUUGCAGGAUCGGUUGAUCUGAUUCGACAGUUUGUUAAUUUUCUGCAAUCAGCUAGUCAUCUUUCCGUUCUAAUUUGAGGUUGUGGAAGAGUGUUUCAAGAAGAAGUAAAGUGGAAGAUUUCAUGGAGGAUCAACCAAUAGUGCAGAUCAGGUGAUCGUCCAAGUCGGCCGAUCAUGCUUAACAUUGCUACGAAUAUAAUUGUUUGUGGACUGAUGCAUACUUUUCUGUAUGCCUGCUGUUAAAAGUUUAUACAAUCAACUCUCCGUAAAUGAAAAACUUGAUCAGAGCGGUGGAACCCACUCCAUCCUGAGUUUAACAAAAUAGGCAAAUCUUGGAAAUAAUUUUCCAACUGAGUGAUUUUAAAUUGCAUACAUGCCAUCGUGCGGUUCAUCACAAAUCACUUUUUUAGCUUUGAAACGAGUUUAAACCACAGUAAGAUGAACUAUUAAGACGGAGGUUAAUGACACUUAUCUAGUCAUUUAGUACUUUUAAAAUUUACCCCUCGCUGCUUAAAAUUGAUACGCAGAUCUACUCAGCUCCAUUUCACUUGUUGUUGAACACUGUUGUAACAAAAACUGUCGUAAAAAACAGAUUUUGAGAAACCCGAUUUCUUAAAUUCUUAUGCUUUCCACUUCUCUUAUGACAAAACCACAUAACUUUGGUAAACAUAAAUUUAUCUGGUCCGUGCAACUUAAUGACGACAGUCAACUGCACAAAGAACCAGCACCCCUCACGUCUUUGGUAUUUUUUGAAAUUCUGGGAUAUGCUGAAUAUAAUGCAAUUGUCAGUUUACGUUUUUCAAAUGCAUAUGCAACCCAGUGUAACCGAUCUAUAGUCAGAUUGCCUAUGUUCCAGAUUUGAAUGAGGUUGCAAUAAACUUCCUUGACAUGAGUAAUUUCAG